CUCCAAACUAUCGACUUUGGUCAGUCUCUGUGUCCUCCAACCAUGGGUACAGCGGUUUAGGGGGGCGCCGCACAAUCACAGACCCAGAGGGGCGCCAUCAAAAGACAACAUCACGUCAAGAGGAAGAAAUCGUUGCUUUCAGCUUGAAGGGGGGACUACGGCGGAUUGACCAAUUAACUUGAGGGGAAAACCUGCCAUCUCUGGGAAAAGGAAUAUCUCUUUCUCCAUUCUUCAUCCAUCAGCAGUUUUCAUUUCACAUUUUCCCAGGGUUAGACGAUACUGAAUUGGAUUAUAAAGAAUCUUUUUGGGACAAUUUCAGCAUCCAAGUGAAAGCUUUUGCAUUAUCCUCUGAGGUCGACUGUGCCCUUUACCAUCUGAGGGGAUCUACCUGCUUAUCCUCUCCACCUGGAACAACUUAGAUGAGCUCAACCUGCUAAUAACUCACCAAACAACAAGUGCAAGGCCACUGCAUUUCUGCAACAUUGAACCAACCAUCUGCUUUUUACAUGCAGCUGGCCACCUCUGGAUCAACUCUAUUUUUUACCAGAAUUCACUGAACUCCUUCUUCUUCUCUCCUGCCCCCCCCCACCUCUUACUCUUUUCUCCUUGUUUUGAUUGGUGUAUGUUAGUGAGCCGUUCAAGAUGCUGUUGAAGAUGAAAUUCACCCAGCAGAGGCGGGUGCGUCUCGCCCAGGGCCUGUGGCUGCUGUCCUGGAUGGCAGUUAUGUGGGGGGCCUUCAUCUUUUGUCUCGGGGUUUACCUUAAGAUAGAGCUGCUCCGUAGAGCCGAGGUAAUGGACAACACAGAGAUCCACGUGGUGCCCAACAUCCUGAUGAUGGUGGGCCUGGCCUCCAUCGGCACCAACUGGGUGGCCAGUCGUGUCUGUCAGGACUCCUUGGAUGCAACUCGUUUCCCCCGUUGGAAGGUUGUCCUGUUGGCCUGGUUUGUUGUAGCUGCACUGCUCAGUUGUCUGCUCCUUGCUGUUGUGGUGCUCAGCUACGCCCUGCAGGGAAGCCUGGAGGAAUCUCUGAAGGUGGGCCUGAGGAAUGGCAUUCGUUUCUACAAGGACACAGAUGUGCCAGGCCGCUGUUUUCAGAAAGAGACCAUCGAUCGUCUGCAGAUGGAGUUUCGUUGUUGUGGAAACAGCAACUUCAAGGACUGGUUUGAGGUUCAGUGGGUCAGCAACAGAUACCUGGACUUCACCUCCAAGGAUGUCAAGGAUCGUAUCCGGAGUAAUGUGGAUGGCCGUUACCUGUUGGAUGGUGUACCUUUCAGCUGCUGUAACCCAGCCUCCCCUCGCCCCUGCCUGCAGUACCACCUGACAGAUAACAGUGCCCACUACAACUACGAGUACCAAGCAGAGGAGCUCAACCUGUACAGCCGCGGCUGUAGGCAGGCUCUGAUCGACUACUACAUGGGCUUGAUGAAUUCAACUGGUCCUGGUGUGUUGUCAGUCAUCUUCGUACAGAUGUCGGUGCUUGUGAGCCUGCGGUACCUGCAGACGGCUGUGGAAGGAGCCAUGGCUCUGGAGGACCCAGAGGGCGACAGUGACGGUUAUCUUCUGGAGAAGGGAGUGAAAGAAACCUUUGAGGAUGUCAAAGCCAAUGUCCUCAACAUGCUAAAGUUAGGGCAGGUUGACCCCACCGAAGGGUCCCCUGAGGAUGCCGAGAAGGCUGCCUCUCCAUCUCCUGCCAGCUAGAGGGGAACAAAAAAAGUUCAAAUAUGAGUUGAGGAGGAAAGGAUGCAGGGGGGUGGGAGGGGUGUGUCUGUGGUUUCUUGGUUGUGUGAGUUGGCUGAUGGCGGGUAAAACACCUGUUGGGUUUUGACAUGUUAGGCUUGAUUUAUUCUCCACCAAUGCAGCAGCCGCAGCUUCCUUGCACAUGGCCAAAACAAGGCAAAAACAUAGGGAAUCUUAUCGGGCCCUGCACAGACACCAAAACAAACAUCUCCUCUAUGCAGGAGCUCAUGAAUGUGUAACCAUCAGAGAAUCUGUUCGGGAGAUGUGUAGUACUUUUUGUUGCAACUAGAAGAGUGUACAUUCACUUUAAAUGGAUGUAGCGUACACAGGCACAUAUUUAACACGUUUUGACAUUUUGAAUUAAAUUUGACACAGUCACUAUCACAUGAUGCUUAAAUUUCAUCCCAUGUGCACUGUUUUAUUCAUCUCACAGCUGUAGACUUUGUACUAAACUGCAAUGAAAUGCUUAGGGAUCUUAAAAUGGCAACGCACGUGAAUUAUACAUUAAAGGUAGAAGUUUUUAACUGCUUUGUAGUGUCGGCUUCCUUUUGUACAUGUAAUAUUAUAGAGGAUUGUAUAAACUGACUGUGGGUUAUCUGAGUUCAGCAAGGAGAGUUGGAUUAAGUGUGUGUGUUUGUGUGUAUAUGUGUAUGUGAGUGUGGUGCCCUAUAUGAAGCUGUCAUCUAGUCUAUUCUGGCAGCUCUGAAACAAUCUGAUAAUCCUGGUGUAGUUAAUCCCAGAACUGCUGCACAAGCAGUAUCAGCGCACACUGACAGCACACACGAACACACUCCAUCACACAGAGACAGAAACAGCACACUGAUACAACAACGUUGGAAGUGGUUUUAUAAAGCAAAGCCGUUUUUAAAUGCUUUUUACUCGCAAAAGGAUAUAUGAUGGUGAUCUGUCCUAGCUACAGGUAUAUCCUAUGUGUGCUCAUUCUUCUUAAAUAAAACUCUAUCACAGAAUGA